UGUGUGUGUGUUUGUGUGUGUGUUAUAUUGUGCUCAAUGGUGUGGUGUCCUAGCUUGUAGAGUUAUUUCAUAUAUAGCACCGUUGCACUUGCUUAGUGGCCUGGUAGUAAUGGCGCUCUUUGUUUUGUCUCUCUUAUUCUUCUCAUUCUUAAUGGGGAUGAGUUCCGAGGGUCAGCUUGAAGUAGGUUUCUACUCCAACACAUGUCCUCAAGUAGACUCAAUUGUCGGUGCCGUUGUUAGAGACGCUGUUCUCUCUGACCCCAACAUGGCUGCUGUCUUACUCAGACUUCAUUUUCACGAUUGCUUUGUUCAGGGAUGUGAUGGUUCAAUUCUGAUUGAGAAUGGUCCACAAUCGGAGAGACAUGCAUUUGGACAUCAAGGGGUUAGAGGGUUUGAAGUGAUAGAAAGAGCCAAGACAAAAUUGGAAGGCUCUUGCCCCGGCUUGGUUUCUUGUGCAGACAUAGUGGCUUUGGCAGCCAGAGACGCUGUAGUCAUGGCAAAUGGGCCGGCAUAUCAAGUUCCAACAGGGAGGAGAGAUGGGUUGGUUUCCAAUCUUUCGCUUGCAGAUGACAUGCCAGAUGUUAGUGAUUCAAUUGAGCUACUCAAGACCAAGUUUCUCAACAAGGGUCUCUCCGUGAAAGACCUUGUUCUUCUUAGUGGUGCGCAUACAAUUGGAACCACAGCGUGUUUCUUUAUGACCAGAAGACUGUACAACUUUUUCCCAAGUGGUGAGGGGUCAGACCCAGCAAUUAGCCAAAACUUCCUCCCUCAGCUAAAGGCAAGGUGCCCUAAGAAUGGAGAUGUUAAUGUUCGUCUAGCUAUUGAUGCAUGGAGUGAGCAGAAGUUUGACAUAAACAUUUUGAAGAACAUAAGGGAAGGUUUUGCUGUGCUAGAAUCUGAUGCCAGACUCAAUGAUGACAUAGCCACCAAGAAUAUCAUUGACUCCUAUUUUUCUCCCUUCAGUCCAAUGUUUGGACCUUCUUUUGAAGCUGAUUUUGUUGAGUCAAUUGUGAAAAUGGGCCAAAUUGGUGUCAAGACAGGUUUCCUUGGAGAGGUUAGGCGCGUGUGUUCAGCUUUUAAUUGAAGUAAAUACGCAUGCAAUUAAUGAUCAAUUGGUCAUAAUAAAAAUAAUGUAUGGCUUCUAGCUAAGUUAUUUUUUGAGUGGAAGGCUUCUGCACUUCAUUAUAUCUAUUGUUAUUGUGUAAUUCAACUCGGUAAUGUGCACUUCAUAUGUGCAAAGUCCCACACCUCUCGCUUGUUUGGUUUGGGCAAAAUGUCGUCAAUUCUCAUUAUAUGUUCGGUUUUGAGUCUGUUAGAGCAUGUUCCAUGGAAAUUAUUUAUGAAAUUCUUAAAUUCAAGAA